AUGUCUAGCAGGGACCGCCGUAUCAUGAAGGAGCUGCAGGAUCUCACCGAGGACAAGGACACAUCCGGCAUUCACGCUGCCCUGGAACAAGAGGGCUCGUUGUCUGCCCUCAAGGGCUGGUUCUUUGGCCCUGGAAAUACACCGUACGCCGGUGGCAAAUUCGUUAUUCACAUUCAGCUUCCCAAUGACUACCCCUUCAAGCCCCCCAAGAUGAAGUUUGAGACGAGGAUCUGGCAUCCAAAUGUCAGCAGUCAGACAGGCGUCAUUUGUCUCGAUACCCUCAACAAGAACUGGUCCCCUGUCCAAACGAUUAAGACGGCUCUUCUCUCAGUCAGAAUGCUUCUCGAAAACCCAAACCCUUCAGACCCACAAGACGGAGAAGUCGCGCGUAUGCUGCUCGACGAUCCCGACUCCUUUGUUCAGAUGGCUCACGAGUGGUCGGUUCGGCACGCCGGUGCGCCGCGACAGCGAAAUCUUGACGUCACUAGAUUCAGAAGCCUGGCCAGACCAACAACUGCUGUCGAUGCGAGCCGAUAUCAUGGAUACAAGCCAGUCCUGGUCGAGCAGUUUACGGCCAUGGGAUUUGACCUCGACAAUGUGGUGGCAACUCUCGAGUUUUUCCGCAUCGAUAAAUUCCAUGAGAACCUACCCCCAUCUCGCAUGUCGGAUGUAACCACUCGACUGCUUGGUGAGCAGCCUUAA